AUGGCUUUGGCACCUACAGAAUACCUACGCAUCCUACUACCUACAGAAUACCUACGCCUUAAAAAAAUUCAUCCAGCUCUUAUAAAAACAUCCUCCCGCUCGUACCCCUCAAAAAAAGUUCAUCCCGCUCUCAUAAAAACAUCCUCCCGCCUGUAUCCGUCAUAUCCCUUUUUUGCCCUAACACAAAAACGUCCCUUCUCCAAUCGACUUUCUCCAAUCGACUUCACACCGGCACCUGCUCCAAUCGAUUUCAGCGUUGUCGUCCAUACCUCCGGCUACAUCCGUCGAGUUCUCCACUACCUCCGGCCACCUCAGCGCCUCCUUCUUCACGAAGAACUCGACUUCACAGCAGAUUUCUCUAGGUUUCUGAAUUCUGAGUUUCGAUUAGUGAUGUUACUGAUGUGGGAAGAGGAGGACGACAAGUACCACUCAGCCUGAGUUUCUAGCUAAUCAGCUCUUUUCAUUUGUCAUCAAGAAGUGGGGAUGUUGGGGUCCUUUUGGUUAUCUUACAUGUAUAAGUUGAAAUUGUCAAAUAUAGGGGCAUUAUUACUCAUCUCGCCGGGGCAUGAAAAAGUAAUGGAACCGCCUUGGCGACAACAAGUGUCAAACAUGCAACAAGCUAUAAUGUGAACUACAAUGCUAUAAUGUGAACUACAAUGCUAUAAUGGAUCAAAGGCAAAGUCAAAUGGACUUACAAAUGGAACACAUGCGAAAUGGCAUGGAAUUGAAAUUGCAACGACAAUUGGUGGCCUGUAUGAGACAACUCGACCAGUCCGGUAAUCCACCAUGUAGUUCUCAUUUUUUGUCAUGACAUUGUAAUGGUAUUUUGAGUAUGUGAAUGUAUGAAUGUUAUGUUAUUGACUAUUUUAAUGUUAAUGGAUGUAAU